AUGUCUCCGGACAUCAAUUCCCUCCCCCCAUCUCGCUCGGCAUCUGCUUCCCCACGCCAACGACGGAACCUAACUAGUUUACUGGACGCUAUUGCGUCAACCGGCGCUUCCAACUCGUCGACCAACUCAAACAACAACCACUCCAACAGUAGCACCAUGUCCUCCGAGCUGCCGCGCCGCCAUCAUCCAAUCUCGGUGUCGGAGCGUCGCCGAUCUGGAAACCUGAACAUCAACAGCAGUAGCAACAAUAGCUAUAGCGAGCCGAUCGGCGAUAAUUCGUCGGCGUCGCCUUCGGAGCCUGCCCGUGCAAGCUUGUUCAAUUUUCCCAAUAGUCCCAUUAUGGGCUUCGGUGAUCCCCAUCAUCAUCGCACUCCUUCACUUGGCGAGCUGCAUCAGGAACUAGAGCAAGAGCAGGAAGCUCAGGUGAACCGACUUCUUUCGACGAUCAGGAACCAAGAGCUCCGUAUUCAGCAUCUUGAGCAGCAACACCAGUCUGCGAUCGACGAUGCUACCCCUUCCAGCGAGCGCUCUGUCUCAUUUCCACCCGGCGCUUCACUAUCUACACUAGGCAGCCGAACGUCAACCCAGUUGCCCUCGUCUUUGUCUAGUCGCCGCCCGAGCCAAGGCCAGGCACACUCCCCCAGUCUCAGGCCAGCCGAUUCAACCCGGGAUAUGGCCGCACCAGAGUGGGUCGCCGGCCCCGGCCUUAGCCCCGGUGAGAGCAUAGGACGGCGGGGUAGCCUAAGCCGAGAGGACCAGAGUAGUAGCUUUUACCAGGCCGAGGCCGCGUCGCUUGCAAGAGAGAAUCAGAUGCUACGGCAGCGUAUUCGGGAUUUAGAACGUCAAGUGAGCGAACAAAGCACGAACAUGACGGUUCCUUCUGCAACCCCCGGCGACCCUAGCGUUAGACAACCGGCAGCGGGUGCGGGAUCUGAAAGUGAGUUGUCAGACAAGACGUGA